ACAUUUUAGUUUUGAAAUUUUCAGUAUUGAUACUGUUUUUGAGAUUUUGUUGUAGAGGACAUUCAGUUUACAAUGAAUAAUGUAAAUAUUAUAUUCUUUGUUCAUAUAUCUAAGUUUGUCUUCCAGGAUUCUCUUUCACUAAAGAUUCAUUUUUUUCAUUAAUUAUUUAGUUUCUAUGAAAUCUGAAUCAAUUACAAGGAAUCACAGAAGCGAUUACUCACGAGGUAAGAAAGCAACUUGAAAAAUUUAAACGGAACUCAAUGAUACUUCGACCAACCCAACUAGCAUGGUUAUAAUUUACAAAUGAUUCUCGCAGGUAAAUUUCAUGGUGAUCCCAUUCCUACAUCUUCUGAUUUUAUUCUUACUUCAAAUCUUCACAAAUCACUUCCUUCAUAGAAUCCGAAAUCUCCCUCCCAGCCCAUUUCUUUCUCUACCCAUUAUAGGCCAACUAUACCUCCUUAAAACACCCCUCCACCGGACCUUAUCGGAGAUCUCCCGCCGUCAUGGCCCAAUCGUCUUCUUCCAAUUCGGUUUCCGUUCAGUCCUGGUCGUUUCAUCUCCGUCGGCCGCCGAGGACUGCCUAUCCAAAAACGACGUCAUCUUCGCCAACCGACCUCGUCUCGUUAGCGGCAAAUACCUCGGGUACAAUUACACAAGCCUCCUGUGGGCACCGUACGGCGAGCAUUGGCGAAACCUCCGUCGAAUCUCGUCGUUAGAAAUCCUUUCCAGCCACCGCCUCCAAACGCUUUCAAGUAUUCGCGUGGAUGAAGUCCGUACGCUGAUCCGGAGACUGUACAACGCUGAAAACGACGUCGUAGACAUGAGAACAGAAUUUUUCGAAGUGAUGUUCAAUAUCACGAUGAGAAUGAUCGCCGGAAAACGAUAUUACGGGGAAGAUGUGGCAGCGUACUCGGAGGAGGCGGGGAGAUUUCGAGAGAUACAAGAGGAGACGUUUCGAUUAAGCGGCAAGACUAAUUUGGGGGACUUUUUAAGGGUUGUGAAAUGGGUUGGAUUAUCUAAAGGGAUUGAAAAUAGAUUGAGGGAGUUACAGAUUAAGAGAGAUGAUUGGAUGCAGAGUUUGAUUGAAGAACAUCGGAAGAAAAUGAAUAAUGCUUAUAGUUCUUCUUCUUCUAUUCAAACUGAUGCUAAAAAGACUAUGAUUGAGGUUCUCCUCUCAUUGCAACAAAAGGAACCUCAGUAUUAUAAGGACGAGUAUAUCAGAGGCCUCAUGCUCGUGUUGCUAUUAGCUGGAACGGAAGGUUCCAUCAAUACAAUGGAGUGGCUUCUAUCACUAUUACUCAACCACCCACACUCUCUUCAACGAGCCCAAAUGGAAAUCGACGACGUAGUUGGAAGAACUAAUCGGCUCCUGGAGGAAUCAGAUCUAACCCACCUUCCUUACCUCCGUAGCCUGAUCCACGAAACUCUUCGAAUGUACCCGCCAGGCCCAUUACUGAUUCCACACGAAUCGUCAGAGGAUUGCCACGUUGGAGGGUUCCAUGUCCCAGCUGGCACAAUGUUAUUCGUCAACGUAUGGGCCAUUCAAAACGACCCCACCGUAUGGGUGGAGCCGAGGAAAUUUAACCCAGAUAGAUUCGGAGGGGAUGGAGAGGGGUUCAAAUGGAUGCCAUUUGGGGCUGGGCGGAGGAGGUGUCCCGGCGAGGGCUUGGGGCUUCGCGUCAUUGGAUUGGUUGUAGGGUCGCUGAUUCAAUGCUUUGAAUGGGAGUCAAUGGACGGAGAAUGUAUUGAUAUGAGCGAAGGUGGUGGAUUGACCUUGCCGAAAGCUCUCCCCCUUCGCACCCUUUGCCGGCCACGUUCAAAUGCCACACAUUUGCUUUCCCAAAUCUAAUUCAAAAUGCAUGGUCUUGUUUAUGUUGUUCAACAACAAUUAAUUCUGUACAUAAAUUUUACAUAUUUUAGUAGUAGUUGAAAACACCUACGUUAUUUCCAAUUUGUUGACGUCCUAUUUUUCUUUUU